UUGAGCAUGUUUAAUCUCUUCUUAACUGAAUUCUCUCUGUUGCUUUUGAGGCACAAUUUAUGAAGCAGAAUCCAAAGACCGUGCGGAUGUGGAUGAUUACCUGUCUUUUGUUCAGUGUGGGUCUGGCAACAUUAGAGAAUGACAGAGACUUUAAGAUGUGUGGAAUAUGGCGCCAUGGCAACGCAUCCCGAAAUCUGAAGUAUGAUUUGAAAACAGGCUGUGAGAAAAUUGAGAUUUUAGCAAAUGAGAGCACACUCUCUAUUCGGGGCAGGAUCACAGCGAAGUGCACGCGGUCUUCAUCCAUUCACCUAGAUUCAAACGCUCUUCAAAAUCAAAGUAAUUUCUGUGUGUUCUGGGAGCCACUGCUGGACCUGCUGAUAGUGGAGGUGAAUGGAAAGAAUCACACUCUGUGUGAACCAAAAGGCCUUCAAGGAUCCUGCUGCACUGACCUCUCACUGGGGGACCAGAAAGAUGCUAGUGUGUAUGGUAUUAUGAAUGGCAGCAUCUGUGGUGAUAUCAUCAGGAACGAUGUAAUGGAAAUAUAUACAUUUCAAGGGGGUUCAAUCAACUGCAAAGAGAAGUUCUGUGAUGAGGCAAGUCAGAAGCCCAGAGGAGCAAACAUGAUAGAGGAAGUAGUAAUGAAAUCCGGAACAACAGGUCAUGUGGAUCUACCUUGUGCUCAGAGCACAGUUAUUGAGAUGGAAGAGGGCUUCACAGGACUCAAUUUAACUCUGCCAGCCCAAUGGAUUGUAGCCCCAAAUACGAUACCUUCCGUUUAUCUUCCCUCGAGCCUGAAAUCCAUAUCUAGGAUUAAAUCCAAAGUAGUGUGUACUUACUACAAGGACCUAAGGUUACUUCAGGGGGGGCCGUCCGAUUCAUCUCUUCUGGAUUAUGUAGUUGGACUCUCUAUGGAGAAUGAGAUUAUCCAAAACCUCCCAGAACCUGUCAGAAUCCGGUUCCAUCACUCUGCUCUCCCAUCUAACUACUCUAAACAAUGUGUUUCAUGGGACACAAGAAAAGACAGUGAAGUAACCUGGAGAUCAGAGGGUUGCGAGACAGUUAUCAUAAGCGUAACAGAGACAGAGUGUCGUUGUAAUCACUUUGCUUACGUCACUGUUCUUAUGCAAGUGGAACAGAAGGCUACAGUUCGCCAUCUAGAGGCUCUGAUGUUCAUUACAGCUGUGGGCUGUACCCUGUCUUUAGUUAGCUGUUUGGUUCUCUUCUAUUGGCUGUGUAAACGCAGAGGAAAGAAAGAUCAGUCCUUACUGGUGCAUCGUGGGCUAGUGGUGGCAACAUUUAUUUUGUGCCUGUGCUUCAGCCUUACCAGUACACUAGCAAACAUUGGAAAUGAAACCGUUUGUAAGAUAACGGGAACUCUUUUGCACUACUCGCUACUCAGUACACUCUGCUGGAUGACUGUGGAAAUGUGUCACACGUUUUUGUUAGUGUGCUGUGUAUUCACCUCACGUCUUCCUCCAUGGGUCUUUUACUUGGCAGGCUUUGGUAUUCCAGCUGUACCAGUUUGUAGAUUGCUCUCUAUUGGUGAUAUUUAUGGAUAUAGGAAUAUUAUGACAAGUGAAGAUGCCACCAGUCUAUAUUUUAUAUGUUGGAUGGUCGAUUCUGACAGGAGCAGAUUGUCCCAUUUCCUCAUUAAUAUUGGUUUAUUGGCAGUUGUGUUGAGCUCUGGUGCAGUCAUGCUUUUCUUUGUGGCUCGGAACCGACCUGAGUGGAGGAAGAACCGCAUGGCUUUUCUCAGUAUCUGGGGUCUCACUUGUCUGUUUGGCACAACGUGGGGCCUCUUCAACUUUGUUCUUCUCACAGAGGUCACCCUCUUCCUUUUCUGCAUUAAUGCCUGUCAAGGAUGUUUUCUCAUGCUGCGAUACUAUACUCUUGAAUGGAUGAAAAAGAGAUGUGAAUUGAGUUUGGAUGGGGGCAGUACAGGAUCUGUUAUGUUACAGUGCAGAGAUGGUGUUUUAUAAGUGAGUAGGCCUACUGCGUCGAAUGCUCUCAUGGUCAUAAUAUUCAAUGUUUCUCGGAUGACAUUGUGCUCCAGAACACA